AUGAGAGAUCUAGCUGAAGGAGGUGUAUACGAAUACAAAAUUGAGCCAGUAGGUGUCAUUCCGAAAGAAUACAGCGACAUACCAGGACCGAAAGAGCUGCCCUUCAUAGGAAAUGCGUGGAGAUUCGCCCCUAUAAUAGGUCAAUACAAAAUUCACGAACUGGACAAAGUGAUGUGGUCCUUGAAGAAGGAAUACGGAAAAAUCGUGAAAGUAGGAGGCUUGAUAGGCCAUCCGGAUUUGCUGUUCGUGUUCGAUGGGGACGAUAUCAAAAAAGUUUUCAAAAGGGAGGAAGGCAUGCCUCACAGACCUUCGAUGCCUUCUCUGCACUACUACAAGCAGCAUUUGCAGAAGGAUUUCUUUUCUGGGAAUGAAGGAGUCAUAGGAGUGCAUGGUCCGAAAUGGGAUGCCUUCAGGAAACAAGUUCAACAAAUACUGCUACCUCCUGCUACAGCCAAAAAAUAUAUCGAGCCUUUGGAUAUCAUUGCCACGGAUUUUCUUACAAGAAUGGAAACCAUGCUGGAUGAUAAGAACGAACUACCCGAGCAGUUUCUAUCGGAAAUCUACAAAUGGGCAUUAGAAUCUGUUGCAAGAGUAUCUCUGAACACAAGAUUAGGCUGUUUGGAACCAAAUCUUCCGGAAAAUUCGGAAUCACAAAGGAUCAUAAACUCGAUAAACACGUUUUUCUGGAACGUGGCCGAAGUAGAAUUGAAAUUUCCUGUUUGGAGGGUGUACAAGAAUAGAGCUUUUAAAAAAUAUAUAGGCGCCUUGGAAGACUUUCGAACGUUAUGUUUGAAAUAUAUCAACCAAUCGAUGGAUCAAAUGAAAGAUAAAAAUUACGAUAAUAUCAAAGAGGAGGAUAUUUCUAUAGUGGAAAGAAUACUGAUCAAAACUGGAAAUCCAAAAUUGGCUGCCGUUUUGGCUCUGGAUCUACUACUCGUUGGUGUAGAUACCACUUCCAUAGCUGCAGCAUCCACAAUUUACCAGCUAUCACGAAAUCCCGAAAAACAGGAAAAAUUAUUCCGAGAAUUACAAAACAUACUACCAAAACGCAAUUCAAAGGUUGAUAAUAAUGUACAAGAAAAUAUGCCUUAUCUGAAGGCAUGUAUAAAAGAAACAUUGAGAAUGUAUCCUGUGAUUAUUGGAAAUGGUAGAAGUUUACAAUCAGAUACCAUACUUGCUGGAUAUAAGGUUCCAAAAGGGACCCACGUGAUAUUUCCGCAUUUGGUGGUGAGCAACAGCGAGGAAUACAUAGAGGAACCGAACAAGUUUAUGCCAGAAAGGUGGCUGAAAUCGGGACAAUCUGGUGGCUGCCCGGCACACCAAAACAAAAUACAUCCAUUCAUAUCUUUGCCAUUCGGGUAUGGUAGGAGAUCGUGUUUGGGUAGAAGAUUUGCUGAGACUGAACUGAAUAUUUUAUUGGCAAAGAUUUUUAGAAAAUAUGAAGUUGGAUAUCACUAUGGAUCGUUGACUUACAAAAUUACGCCUACUUUUGUUCCUGAACAACCACUGAAAUUUCGGUUGACUGAAAGGAGCUGUUGAAAAAAACUCUUAUCAGGCUAUAUAUGUGUGGUGUUCAUACAUAAUCAUUAGGAAUCCUGAG